CUCACACUGGCUGUGUCCUAAUCCGAGUCCAUCUCCAAGACGCAGCGGAGCAGAGUGUUAGUGAAGUGAUUCCGAGAGCCGGGGAGAGCCGCAUCAGACACACACACACGCACACACACACACGCACGCAUCCACACAGUCUCCGCUGUCACAGGCACACACUCUUGCAACAGGAUGCGUCCGGCUGCGCGGCCACGGCUUUUGUGAAAGUGAGGGGAUUGGCGGUGCCCACCCCUUCCUGACUGUCCCAGCCGGCCCCCCCUUUUGGCUCACACACACCGCGUCUGUUUGCUGUGUCUAAGCUCGGGGCGCCGCUGCUGCUUCUGCUGCCGGAGGAGGAGGUGGAGGAGGUGGCGGUGUCGGAGGUGGGGUGGGCACUGCCAGGGCAGAGAAGGGGGCACCUUAGAGGAGAGGAGGAGGGGAAGGAGGAGGAGAAAGAGGAAGACAACAAAGUGGAUCAGAUCAACCGCACGCGGACUGGAAAUGCCCGUCAGGUCUGAGUCUGUCGCAAUCCGAACCGAUCGCAGCCUUCGUUAAGGAGCAGCGCCAGGCGCUGGAUUGGAGCAAGCAUGGCGAGCAUGCCGUUUGUCAGCGAGGGGAAAUGUGUGAGUGUGGAGUGGGAUUUCCUUCAAGGACUUCUCGCCAAACCUCCUACGCUACCCUGUCUCCAGAACCUGCGUAAAGAGAAAUCUCGCAAUGCAGCUCGUUCUCGACGGGGAAAGGAGAACUUUGAGUUCUUUGAACUGGCUAAGAUGCUGCCUUUGCCAGGGGCCAUCACGAGUCAGCUCGACAAAGCGUCAGUCAUUCGGCUGACUAUCAGCUAUCUACACAUGCGCACUUUCGCUAGUCAAGGAGACCCACCGUGGAGCCCUCUGCUGGAGGGAGACAACAACUGCAACAAAGUCAGACGAUCAUCCCAUUCGCUGGCCACUGAUAUGUUUGAGCAGCACCUUGGGGCUCACCUCCUGCAGUCUCUGGACGGCUUUGUGUUUGUGGUCAGUCAGGAGGGACGCUUCCUCUACAUCUCAGAGACAGUUUCCAUCUACCUGGGGCUCUCACAGGUGGAGCUGACGGGCAGCAGCGUGUUCGACUACAUCCACCCGGCGGACCACGUGGAGAUGGCCGAGCGGCUGGGGAUCAAACCGCAUCUGCGGGCCGAAGCUGGCUGCCACAUUGCCCCGGACAGCGCCUCCAGCACCGCCUCCACCUCUUCACUAGCCGGUACCCCUGAGCCUGCAGGUCCCUCCAGUCCUCAUUCUGCUGCUGACGAUCCACCAGAACGUGGCUUUUUCAUCCGAAUGAAGUCCACACUCACCAAAAGAGGCCUGCAUGUCAAAUCCUCCGGAUACAAGGUCAUCCAUGUGACCGGUCGGAUCCGCUGCCGCCCAGCACUCGUCCCGGGUUCCACGCGCUCAGUCCGCCGCCCGAUGGGCUUGGUGGCUCUCGCACACACGCUCCCGCCCUCCACGCUCAACGAAGUCCGCAUGGAGAGCAACAUGUUUGUCUUCCGAGUGAACAUGGACUUGCAGGUCACAUACUGUGAAAACAGGAUCUCAGAGUAUAUGGAUCUGACCCCAGCGGAAGUGGUGGGACAUACCUGUUAUCAUUUCGUCCAUGUGGAAGAUCUGGAAAAUAUCCGGCAGAGCCACGAGGACCUGCUGAGGAAAGGCCAAGUGGUGACAGGCUACUACCGCUGGCUUCAGAGGAGAGGAGGUUACCUGUGGAUCCAGUCCACUGCCACCGUCUCCAUCAAUCACAAAGCCCCCCAUGAGCGCAAUGUCAUCUGGGUGAACUACGUCCUGAGUCGAACUGAGAUGCCCGACACUCCGUUGGAUCUUCUGCAGCUACCGGAGAGCAUAAGAGCGGAGAGACUUCGAGUCAGCUCGUCCCCCACCGACGGCUCCCCGCAGGCCCGAGGUCAACCACCGGUGAAGACAGUCGGAAAGAGUGACACUGACAGCAAAGGUAGAGAGAAAUUUGCUGCCCCUGCCGUCCAAUCAGAGGAAAGGAGGAAGCGCCUGCUAAGGUCCGACCACGAGGGAGCGCCUCCUGAGAGCCGCCGUCGCCUGGAGGAACUUCGGCACACGGAGGAAGUGGUGUCAGCCUCCUCAGACCUCGCAAGCGAAAGCGAGGGCGAUGAGGAGGAAGAGGCGGAGUGGGAGCAGGGGGGCGACAGCGACAGACUGAAGCAGGAAGACAGCGGGGGAGGGGGCAAACAGGGCAGAGGAGGGGACGCCCCGACGGGAGGGGACAGGGCGGGCCGGGUGCACAAUGGCCGGGCCGUCAUCCAGCAGCUGAAAAGCGUGGUGGCUCCGUCCACUCUGCCGCAAAGUCCCACCAUCAAGACUGAACACGAAGUCCUGUCCACCGGAGGGCGCUGGGGGUCCCACUCGCACGCCUCACAGCCCCAGCCGACGCACGCGCACACACCGUCCAGCAGCCUAAACGGCGACAGCCCCACCACCCCAAUCCCAGACUCCUCGUCCAGCAGCGAGGCGCCACCGAAGGGCCUGUUCACCCCUCCGUCUCCCGCCCUGUCCCCUGCCAUGUCCGUGUCCUCCCCACAGCCCCGCGAGGACAGGGUCGUCUCCGGGUUAGUGAGCCGCGGCGCCGCGGGCGGCGGAACCGGAAACGGCCCCGACUUCGAGCUGCUCCAAAGACUGGCGGGCGGCGCGGCGGGACGGGUCCUCUUCCACCCCCUCGCCCUCGGCCCGCAGGGCCCUCAGAGUCUCUACGCCCCCAGCACCAUCCGCUACGCUCCACCGGAGCUGCCUCCCUCCCACCACCACGGUGGAGGCCACGGCGACAGCCUGCAGCUACGCUCGGACCACCACAAGGGACCCCCGCCGACCUUCUUCCCGCACUUGCAGCGGCUGGCCGGGCUGCCACCCUUCAGCGGUUUCUCGCCGUCUGACAGCCCUUUCUCCUCCGGCCUGCCUUUCUGUAUGAACGGACUGAGGGGGGCCGCGGGCACGGAGGAAGACUGAACCUCACCGGGGGAGAAGGAGAGAGGAGAAAAUCAAAAAUGAAGUGACAUGACAGACCGAGAGGCACAGCAAAAGGGCAUGAAAGACAGAAAUGGCCUCUAAGGACGCUACUAAUUGGACAAUGAGCUGAGUUACUCCAGUCUUGGAAGAAUGCGAUACAAAAAUCCACGGUGAACCAGUGACAGCAGCUCUCAGAGAAAACCGAACACGGACACUUUUGAUCGGCUGUCCCUGAAGACGUCUCAUCUCCGCAACAGUACAGAACUCUGCUCAGUCCUCCUCAAGACGACCGCGUUGCUUUCUGUGUCUCUUCCACUUGGAGAAGCCAUACUGUACAUAGCUACGAACGAAACCACGAAAACCCUCAGCUUACAUCCAUGUCACUUUUACUCCAGUUAAACCAGUAGGAGGAGGACUCUCGCCAGUGGGGGGAUGAAAAGAGACAUUUGGAGUCAAAUGUUUUUAUCAUUGCAGUAUUAUAAAAGUAUCUCUUCCACUGGGUUUCCCUUAAUAUAGAUAGAGGUGACCUUUUGAUGUUUUAUAUCGGAUCUCUGAAGGAUAUUACAGGAGUGUUCAUCAGUCAGCCAUACUUAAAGCACAGUGUUGGGACAGAGCCGUGAGUCACGCGGUCCCAGACAUUCCAGUAUAUAAAGAGUGGAAAAUUGCAUCACAGACAGUUGUUGUUUGAAUAUAAGAUGGUAAUUUGUUUGACUAAGUGUUAGUCAUAGUAUAUUCUUUAUGGAGAUGGGGUUGUGUUUGUGUAUGAAAGCCAUACUGUUUUUUUCUUUUCUUUUCUUAUCUUUUUUUUUUACAUUAAUUAAUUGAUGUAGAAUCUUUGUUUCCAGAGAAAUUAACAUAGUUUUAUUGUUUGUUUUUUUUUGUUUGUUUGU